AAAUAUCAUUCACUCUUUGUAUUUUCAUAACUGAGUAUUUUAACAUUGAUUAUACAUUCAAUUAUAAAUGAAACAACAAUAAUCUGAAGUCCGAACUUGUUUGCAUUUUAACUUAACAACUGUUAAGUCUACUCACCCCAUGUUUAACCUGUGCUGGACAUGAUGUGACUGCAAGGUUCUUAAACAAUCAAUAAUUUACCUGACCACACACUGUAAUCACAGACAGCUGAACUAGCUCAUAACUAUUAAUCUCGUAACAGAUGUCGUUAAUUAGUUGAGUGAGCUAGACAGUUUGAAAUUCUUUUAAGGGGCUGUUUACAUGGUUACUCUCCGAGAAUACGAAAAAUGUCAAAUUUGCAUUUGCGUCUACAUUUGAACAAUGUCGCGAUUCCGCAUGAAAACGAUGUAGUAUUCAUGCCAGGCCCUAGGGGGCAGUGCAGAUUUACUGGGCGACAGAGAAUGAUGCACUUUGACCCCAUCAAGCUCCCUCAGCCUGGAAAAAAAAUAUACCCGCCCACUUGAAGCAAUGUCAUUUUUCUUUUGUUCAAAAAGGCACAAAAAUUGAAACGUUCAACAUAUUUAAUUUAAAAAUAUUAUUAAAACAGUAAAUUAAGGCCGACAUUCCGCCAUAUUUGGUGUAUUUAAUGUUUAGUAGCACCGCUGCGCACGCCCAAUGUGACGUUUACGAGUGCUGACAUUAACGACGUGGUCUCGCGCCGCAGGAGCCUUUGAUAUGCAUGCCGAGGAAAACCCCCUCAACCCCCCGCAAUCGGAUUCUUCCACUUUGGAGGCAGGAUUCGGAAUUUUUCGUCUUCGCCGACACCAUAUGCACGCGAGAGAUGGAAGGCCCGCUAGGCUUCACGGUGGUACUUGUUGGACUGUUGCUGUUGAUGUCUGCAUGGCACGCAGAUUCAAAGGAUGACGGAAAGCUGCUGUGUUCAUGCAUGAAUGAAAAAGGCACAUGUGUCAACGAUACGUGCAGGGGGGACAUCUGCUUCUAUACAUGGGUCCAGGGCCAUGAGGAGAAGGGUUGCUUCUCUAACCAAAACUACAUGGAGCAGUGCUUCACCUCCUUUGGACGCUUCCAUGUCUUCUGCUGCAAAGAGAACAAAUGCAAUGCAUUUGCAACGCCACCCCCAAACAUUGAUGGCGAGACAACCACAGUAGUGCCACAACAGCUUCGUCCAGAGUUGUGGAUCACUGCGGCUCUACUGUUCUUAUUCAUCGUGGCUAGUUUGUGCGGCCUGCUGAUCUUCGUACGCUUCCGGCGGGCACAUUUCCGUCUAAAAAAUGUAGAUGACCAUGAUGCUACCAUGCUCAAAGUACCUGCUGGAGAAGACCCGACAUACGGCGGUAUAUUUGAUGAGUUCUGUACAUCAGGGAGUGGGACUGGGCUUCCCUAUCUGGUCCAAAGAACUAUGGCCAGGCAAAUUUCGCUGGUCGAAUGCGUUGGUAAAGGCAGGUAUGGGGAGGUAUGGAGGGGAACCUGGAUGGGGGAGAGUGUAGCAGUCAAGAUCUUCUCCUCCAGAGAUGAGCAGUCCUGGUUCAGAGAGACUGAGAUCUACAACACCGUGCAGCUUCGCCAUGACAACGUGCUAGGUUUCAUAGCCUCUGAUAUGACAUCCAAGAAUUCCAGCACCCAGCUGUGGCUCGUCACCCAUUUUCACGAGCUCGGAUCACUCUAUGACUUCCUGCAGUACAGCAGCUUUGAGCCAGAGAGCUGCUUGAAGAUGUGCCUGUCAGUUGCUUGUGGUCUGGUCCACCUCCACACUGAAAUCGUCAGUUCCCAGGGCAAACCCGCCAUCGCCCACCGAGAUUUGAAAAGUAGAAACAUCCUUGUGAAGAGAAAUGGGCAGUGUUGCAUCGCCGACCUUGGUCUGGCUGUGAUUCACUCUCAGACCAAUGAUUAUCUGGAUGUUGGCCACAACCCUCGUGUAGGGACUAAACGCUACAUGGCGCCUGAGGUGCUGGAUGAGAGCAUAAGGAUAGAUGUCUUUGAGUCCUAUAAGCAAACGGACAUCUGGGCCUUGGGCUUGGUCUUCUGGGAAAUUUCACGCAGAACAAUUGUCAAUGGGAUAGUGGAAGAGUAUCGUCCUCCCUUCUUUGACCUGGUGCCUUCCGAUCCCAGUUUUGAAGAGAUGAAGAAAGUGGUCUGUGUAGACCAGCAGAAGCCCAGCUCGCACAACAGGCUGCACUCCCACCCGAUAAUGUCAUACAUUGUGAAGAUCAUGAAGGAGUGUUGGUUCCAGAACCCGCCAGCCCGCCUCACAGCUCUGCGUGUGAAGAAGACCCUCUCCAAACUGGACCAUGACAGUGACUUCAGCGUCAAGAAACUCAAACAGGAUAUCUAGAUUCUCAUCAGCGAGAAACGGAAGAAACUUGAGGCGAUUUCUUGCCACAAUCCCGCAGCACAGCGUUGAAUAUUAUUCACAUAUUUUGAGUUAAUGACUCGUACACUUAGUCCAUUUUACUAAGACGAUAUCAUUUUCAGCUGUAGUGUCUAAACUAUUUUUCAACUAAGGGGAUAGGGGAUCUUCCCCUUUAACAAAGUCCACAAAAAUUCUGAGAACAGACAAAAAAUGACUUUGGCGAUGAAUAAAAAUUGCCAUGCUUAAUACAAUUCAUGUUCUAUGAGCACCUUUACCUAUUAUCUGCAUGGACACGUUGAGUAUGUAGUUACUGUAUGUGUAUGUACUGGAUAUUGAAGACAAUUUGUUAUUAAGUGUUUUUUUUUUUUUUUUUUUUUUUUACAUUUUAUUCACAAAAAUGUACAAUGUGCAUCUGUUUCAAUAUUAUGUUUUCAACAAAACUUUUUUAAAACACGUAUUUGGACUCUUGGUUUACAUGAUUUAAUCCAACGUAAUCUUAUUUUUUCCCACUAGAGGUCACCAAAUCAUAAAAUUGGAUUUAGUAUUGAAGAAUAGUGUCCUGUUGUCUGAUCUCAGGCGUGGGAAAAACAUGAUUUCUCCGUCAUGAAAUUAUUUUCAAUAUUUGCUUUGUCGCUCAGCCCUUCCUAGAUCAAAAAUGAAUAUAAAAGUCACAACUAAAAACAGUGGAAUUACCUAACUAAAUUAAAAAGCCAGACAAUUAAAUGAAAAAUUGUCAAUAACAAAUUAUUUCCCCGUAUUGGAUUAAUUGAUUUAUACGAAAAUUACCAUUUCUGGUCAGUGUUUAUCUGUUUGUGUGUUUAUUUGUGAUACACUAAUGCAAUUGUCAUAAUUGGACAUUUCUUUAUUUCCCGUCUAUUCCAUUUAGCCUCACUCACCAAAGAGCAAACAUGGUCACAUUGGAGCAUGAUGCAAUUAAUUUAAUGUGAAACAAAUUAAGCUGGUAAUAAAACGAUAGUAGAAUUUAAAAUCUGCAACCAAAUCUACCCUCUGGUUAGCACAAACAAUUUCCACUGCGUUGUCUGAAUUAUGUGUGUGGCGUUGUUGAACAAACUCCAGAGAGAUAAUAGUCCCUCAAACCCCAGGCUGUCUGGUCAGUCAGAUGAAGAGCUGGUUAUUUUUAACACUGCAGGGGGGUUGUUUGAGUAUCAGAGAGGCCUGACUGGCCGCCUGUGAGUUCACUUCUGCCUGCUUCCCUCUUAUGUGUUUUUGUUUUCCCAGAGGAGCGAGGAGUUUUUUUCUUUUUUUUGUGUGACAAAAUAGAGUACAAUGGACCCCUCAAAUAUGAACACUUAGGUGGUAGUUGGACAAGUGAUGAAAAGCUGGGACGAUGGCACCCAAAAGUCCCUAAAGCAGAUUGUUUUACAUAAAUGAGCUCCAUUAUAAUCACAGAAAACAUGCUUUAUUAUUUGAUUUAAUGCUGCAAGAUGAUGCAAAAUAUUUUUUAAUCCAUCUUAAUUGGUCCUCCAGAACUGGAUCAGUGGCAGAAGGUGAAUGGACAUGAAGUGAUGUCCAACACGACCAGCAGAGGCUCGGAGGCCCAAUUCGAAGCCUCAUCCAGUCAAGCUCUUCGAGUGCUGACUUCAAACAAUUAUAUUCAGUCAACAAAAGAAAAAAACAUCUAAUAGAAUUGUCAAGUGUUGUUUUUUACUGUAGCUUCACUAUUUAGCUAUCUUCUGUGCCACUUACCCUCACAAGGGUCACUGGUGUACUGGAGCUUGGGCGUAUGGCGGUGGCAAGGUGUACACACAACUGGUUGCCAGCCAAUCCCAGGGCACAUAUAGACAAACAACCAUUGACACAAAUACUCACACCUAUAUAUAUAUAAUUCAGUGUUCAAUCAGCCAACCAUGCAUGUUUUGGGGAUGUGGGAGGAAACCGGAGUACCAGGAGAAAACCCACGCAGACACGGGGAGAAUACAGUGCUGGCCAAAAGUAUUGGCACCCCUCGUCAAUUUUUCUUUUCCGUCCACAUCCAGGGAGGUUAGCCACAGUGACAUGUGCUUUACACUUAUUGAUGACACUGCGCACGGAAGACACAGGAACAUUCAGGUCUUUGGAGAUGGACUUUUAGCCUUGAGAUUGGCCAUGCUUCCUCACAGUUUUGCUUCUCAAGUUCUUUGGUCUUCUUUCUUCUCUCCAUGCUCAAUGUGGUACACAAAAGGACACAGGACAGAGGUUGAGUCAACUUUAAUCCAUUUUAACUGGUUGCAAGUGUGAUUUAGUUAUUGCCACCACUUGUUAUGUGCCACAGGUAAGUAACUGGUGCUGUUAAUUACACAAAUUAGAGAAGAAUCACAUGAUUUUUCAAAGGGUGCCAGUACUUUUGUCCGGCUCAUUUUUGGAGUUUUGUGUAAAAUGAUAAAGAUUUUUGUGUUUUUUCAUUGCAAGCAAAAUAAAUGAAGAUAUUACUACAAAAGCAUUUGUAAUUGCAAUCAUUUUCUGGGAGAAAUUGAGCAUUAUCU